AUGAAUAAAACCGUUAUUCAAGAAACAGCACGUACAAACUCAACGUUCAGUUCCAUUGGUAGCCCGGCUGUUGCCUCUUCGCCAAAACCAACACAUACUGCCAGGAAAAGCAGGAAUAGCAAAUCGCUACGAUUUCUCUGCAUUAACUUCCAGAGUGCGAAGAAGAAAGCGAAACACAUUCCUACUCUGGUGGAAUCAGCCCGGCCUGAUGUCAUCCUUGGAACAGAAACAUGGCUCAGCAAGGAUGUGAACUCAUCUGAGAUAUUUGAUGAAAGCCUUGGGUUUGAUGUCUACCGGAAUGACCGAGCUGAUAACACCCAUGGAAGAGUAUUGAUAGCCGUCAAGAAGGAACUCAAUGUUACUGAUGUGAAGUGCAGCAAGACGGUAGAACUAAUCUCGGGGUCUAUUCAAACAAAGUCUAAGAAGAUUGUAUUUUCCUCCUACUACCGCCCGCCAGGAAGAACGGACGAAGCCUAUCUUGAAAGUAGCAGAACUGGUUUUUUGAAAUUGAAAGCUGACAAUAAAAGAGCAAUUAUAGUAAUAGGCGGUGAUUUCAAUGUACCUGACAUCUCAUGGAAAGACAACACCAUCACCAGUUCAAAGCACUACGCAAAGAAAGUUAGCCAACACUAUCUAGACAUAGCAUCAGACCUUGGAGCCGAACAAAUGGUAUCGUUUCCCACCCGCAAAGACAACACCUUGGGUCUGGUCCUGACUUCUCACCCAGGUUUUUCCGAGCGUUGCAAACCUCUCCCACCUAUAACUGAAAAGAGCGAUCAUGACAUUGUAUUGUUCGACCUUGCUAUGCAGCCAAUUCGCGCACGCCCAAAGAGAAGGACUAUCUACCUAUGGAAGAAGGCCAACACAGAUGGCAUCAAGAAAGCGUUAGCCGAUUACGGUCAGUCAUUUCUUAGCCGUACAUUCUCCACCACUGCUGAUAUGUGGGCAGAUUUUAAAUCUACUAUCGAGAAUGUCACACAGGAGUUUGUUCCAACCAGGAGAACACUCGCUAAGCACACACACCCAUGGAUAGACAGUCACCUCAGAAAAUUGACAAGGCGCAGGUACCGCGCGUUCAAGAAGGCACGGCGCACCAAUAGCCCAGUAGACUGGUCUCGUUACACCAAGCUAAGGGCCCAAACAGAGGAAGAUACGUCAAUCUCAUCGGAAGUACAUGUCUGA